AUGGCUUACCGGAUCAGCUCCAGGUCCCAGUCAUGGUCCGUUUCCCAGCCUUCUUUCGCUCAGAGGAUAACAGAAGACCCCGUGACGACAAAAAAUGCUCAGAGCACGGUCACCUGCGUUUAUCAGACUCAUAUCGGUGGUUACUGGAGAAAUGUCACAGUUUUGUGGAGCAAGAAUCUGAUGAACCAUUCCCUGAGCAUAACCGUAGAUAGCGUAGAGACUGAUUAUCAUCAAACGUGCAAGAUUGACCUUAAGCCGUGGCAUUUUUGGGCCAAAAAGGGGUACAAAACCUUCGAGGUUGAUGGAAACCAACUAGAUGCGUAUUGGGAUCUGCGAUCGGCUAAAUUUUCUGGGAGCCCAGAACCAUGUACAGAUUUCUACGUAGCUCUAGUUGCGGAUGAAGAGGUGGUGUUAUUAAUAGGGGAUUACAAGAAAAAGGCCUACAAGCGGACGAAGUCAAGGCCUGCAUUGGUUGAUGCUGUCCUGUUCUUCAAGAAAGAACAUGUUUUCGGCAAGAAGUCUUUUUCUACUAGAGCCAAAUUUGAUCACAGGAAAAAAGAUCAUGACAUUGUGGUGGAAAGUUCGACAUCAGGGCCUAGAGAUCCUGAAAUGUGGAUCAGCAUCGAUGGGAUUGUUCUGAUUCACAUCAGGAAUCUGCAGUGGAAAUUCAGGGGUAACCAAACUGUUUUAGUUAACAAGCAACCGAUCCAAGUGUUCUGGGAUGUGCAUUCUUGGUUAUUCUGCAGCCCUGGAACGAGCCAUGGUUUGUUCAUCUUCAAGCCAGGGGUACCAGAGGCAGAAAGCGACAAAGACAGCAAUUGCACCGGCGAUAGCGAUUGCAGCGCUGAUAGCCGCUAUUAUUCCACCCAAAGCCAUUCCAAAAGUUCACCCUUCUGCCUCUUCCUCUAUGCAUGGAAGAUCGAGUGA